AUGGUACCUUUAAUUGAUUUUGCAACGGAUACUAAAUCAUCACUGGAAGUAAAAGGAAACAUAAUCAUGAAUUAUCUGAAAUCUAUAGUUCUUCCGAGAAGAUAUUUACCUCCGGGAGAAUGCCCUAUUCCUUUUCUUUUUCUCAUAGACAAAGUUGAAACUGAUCAUAAUGAUCCUUUCUAUUUUAACCCAUCCACAGAAGCCAUUAUGAAUUUUAUGUGGUAUUCAUCCAAAUCACAUUGGCUCAAAUCAUUAUACAUUUUUAUAAUUUACUUUAUAUCUUAUUCGAUUAUUUCUUGGAUGUAUAUUGCACACAUUCAAGUUACCGGCGAAUAUCAACAUGUUCUAGUGUUUAUAACCAUUAUAAUAUUUGUUUAUAUAACUUAUUAUCAUUUAAUAGUUGAAUUUAACCAACUGCGCUUCAAAGGACGGAAAUAUAUUAGUGAUCUUUUUAAUUGGGUAGAUCUUUUUGCAAUUUUAUUACCACUUUCUAUUUCUGCUUAUAUUUUGAUUAAAUAUUAUACUUUUGAAAAUGGGUUUAAAGAUGCUGAAAGUAACAUUUUUUUGGCAUUUUUAAUUUUUAUAAGUAUUUUAGGUAUUUGGUAUGAACUCGGGCAUGCUUUAUUUAUUUUUCUUGGCUAUGCAUCUUACAUUGGAUUAAGUGAAUCUCCAUCAACAUAUGAGGUUUCUAAUGGAAGUAAUAUAGUUUAUAAUAUGACUGGACAAGAACCGGAUGAUAUAUUUUCGGAUCCUUUUACUGCUGUAAUUGCUGCAUAUAAUUGGGAUUCAAUCUCGUUAGAUGCUUGGGGAUUUUGGCCUCUUAUUAUAAUCGCCGUGAUUGGUAAUAUUGUUUUUGUCAUUAUAUUACAAAAUGUUAUUAUUUCAUUUAUGAGCGCAGCUUUUGAGAGUGCUGAUAAAGAUGGAAAACGAGCUGUACUCAAUUUUCAAAGUCGUUUAAUUUAUGAUUAUGCACGUCUUGAAGAUUCUGCUUUCACUUCAGGAAAUAGUGAUUUUGAUACCAAGCUUAAAAAUAAAUUAAAAGUGAAAUAUAUAUGCUUUUAUAAUGAACCAUCGAUUACAAAAGCAUGGAAAGAUGAAUCCAAAGAAUGGGAAUCAAGUCCAAUCUAUUUAAAUGCUGAAAGUCAAAUUCAAUCAGAAAAUGAAAGCAAAUUUUUUAUUGAAAAUGAAGACAUUGAAUUUAUUUGGGCUUCAGCGGAAAAAAGGCAGUAG